AUGUCGCAACCGCCACCCCUCCGCGAUCCCCUCGCAAACUCCCCUCCCGCUCCACCUGCCACCCUCUCCCUCGGUCUACCAAGAGCACGAGGCGGUCGCUCCACCCGCCACCCUCCAUCAUCAUCAUCAACAUCUGCAGCAGCAGCAGUUGCAGCGCGCGCAGCCGCAAUCGCAGACGACGCAGUCAGAGCAACAGACUCGGACGCCCUCCUUUCGCGCAUCUCGGCGCUGCGCCUCGGAUAUCUCCCCGACGACCCCUACUCGCACGACUUCCUCACACAGACCGGCCCUCAAACACACCCACGCCCACCUCCCCCGUCGUUGCUCCCGCACACCGCACGCCCGCACUCGUCAGAGCAACGCAGCCGCACCGCCCUUCCACCAACGCCACCUUCCGCUCCUGCCACACAAGUCAAUGACCACCACCACGACCACAGUCCACCACGCACUCCGGGAUCAGGCUCGGCUUUUGGCUACGCCGACAUCCCCCAGCCCACAACCGCAGCCAACCCCCUGGCGGCCUUUCCCGGCACCGCUCCAGGCGCAAGACGACCACCCUUGAUCAACAUCGGCACCUACCUCAGAUGCCGCUCAAUCGACCAGCUCGUCGAAGCAUUCCUGCUCCACGACCACGGCGCCGCGUUGGGCCCCGGAUCGGAUGCCCCGGCCAAGGGCAAGGGCAAGGGCAAGCAGAUCAUUAGCCUCGGCGCCGGCAGCGACAGCAGGUACUGGAGGGUCAUGGCAUCGCCAGAGCUGCGCGCUCAGCUCGCCCACUAUCUCGAGCUCGACUUUGCUCAGGUCACGACCAAAAAGGUGGCCAGCAUCCGGCGCAGCUCCAGAUUGCAGGCUCACAUCGAGCAGCUCGACUACGAGCACGGUCCAUCUCGGGAUGAUGCCAGCAGCAGCAGCAGCAGCCAGCCGCCCGAUUCCGCCGACUCGCUGCGCAGCAAGCGUCUCACCAUCCGUCCCUUUGACCUGCGACACUUUGAGCAAGCUGGAGACGCCAUCGGUCAGCUGGUCUCGGACCUCGAUCCGACGCUGCCCACGCUCCUCUUGUUUGAGUGCGUGCUGGCCUAUAUUGAGCCCGACUCGGCAGACGCGAUGAUCUCGUCCUUUGGGCAGAGGUUCCCGCGCCUGGCGGCUGUCGGGUACGACAUGUGCUUGGCGGGCGAUGUUGCCGAUGCCCCCGGUCGGCAUGAGGUCAGCCGGUUUGGCAAGGUGCUGCUGCAAAACCUGGAGGCGCGCAACCUAUCGCUACCGGGAGCCAAGGCGGCUCUGACGAUCGAGUCGCAGGCGAAUCGGUAUACGCGCCUCUGGGCCGACGGUGCACGCGGGCCGACGACGGCGAGGGGAAAAAGCCUGUACCGGAUCUGGCAGGAUCUCGACGCGCGCGAACGCGAGAGGAUCUCGAGGCUCGAAGGGCUCGACGAGGUCGAGGAGCUCGACAUGCUCCUGCGCCACUACUGCAUCACGGUCGCCACCCGAGGCGGCAUCGACAUCUGA